AAAAACAGAGAGAGAGAAAGACCUGCCUUGGAUUUGCGCGCACAGAGAAGAAGAGAGACACUAGUCGACCUUUCUAUACCGAGAAAAGAGAUUGGUGAGUGGUGGAAAAAUGGCAAGCAUGCAGCUUAUGAGAAGGGAAAGUGCUUUUGUUCAUGAGGUUACGCAAGACAGUCCAAAAAGUCCAGAAGCAAGGCUGGGAAUGAAAGUAGAGGAUCUAUGGGAUGUUCAAGAACCACAGUUAACUCCAACUGAGAAACUUAACGCUUGCUUUGAGGGUAUCCCUGUCUCUGCCUUCCCUCCCGCUCCUUCUUCUCAAGUGAUCGAGAUAAAAUCAGACACCAGUCUAGCAGAGGCUGUUCGUAUACUUGCAGAACACAAGAUUCUUAGUGCUCCUGUGGUGGAUGUUGAUGCUCCUGAGGAUGCUAGUUGGAUUGACAGAUAUAUUGGAGUUGUUGAGUUUGCUGGGAUUAUAGUGUGGAUUUUACAUCAGUCGGAACCUCCAUCACCCAGAAGUCCAACCUCGGGAUCAGCUCUUGAAGCGGCUGUUAAUAGAGUGACCAAUGCUGCUAGUCUCGGGACCUUAGGUCCUGAAGAUGCUGCAGCAACUUCUGGAAAUUUUUUUGAGGCUCUGACUUCUUCCGAAUUCUACAAGAACACGAAGGUUCGAGACAUUGCAGGGUCAUUCCGUUGGGCACCGUUUCUCGCUUUACAGAAAUCAAACUCCUUUCUGACCAUGCUUCUGUUGCUUUCGAGUUACAAGAUGAAGAGCAUUCCAGUGGUUGAUCUGGGUGAGGCGAAGAUUGACAACAUCAUCACCCAGUCUUCUGUUAUUCACAUGUUAGCGGAAUGUGCUGGGCUUCAAUGGUUUGAAAGUUGGGGAACAAGGAAACUUUCUGAAAUUGGUCUUCCCUUGAUGGCCCCUGAUCGUUUAGUCAAGGUGUACGAGGAAGAACCAGUGCUCCAGGCAUUUAAGCUGAUGAGGAAAAAAAAAAUUGGUGGAAUACCUAUUGUUGAUAGUAGCGGUGGAAAGGUAGUAGGCAACAUAAGUAUAAGAGAUGUCCAUUUCCUUUUAACUGCACCAGAGAUCUACCACGAUUAUAGAUCCAUCACGGCAAAGAACUUCUCGACUGCAGUUAACGGCUACUUGGAGACGCAUCAAGAAAUCUCACCUUUUGUGCGUGGCAUGGUGAUAUGCACAAAAAACUACUCCAUUAAAGAAUUGAUCAUGAAGCUUGAUUCUGAGAAAAUCCACCGGGUAUAUGUCGUGGAUGAUGCUGGGAAUCUGGAAGGGGUGAUCACACUGAGGGAUAUACUAUCAAGGCUUGUACACGAGCCCCGUGGCUACUUUGGUGAUUUCUUUGACGGAGUGCUGCCAUUACCUUCGAACAGUAGAGUUUAAAGAGGUAUUAUAAUGAUCUGGUCAUUUCCUAAUAACUGACGGUGUUUUUCUAGUGUUUCUGCUAAUCUCCUGAUGAUCAUUAGACGUCUGGUAAAUGUGGUGGUUGUAACAUCGGUGAGCACCCUUGUAAUGAGCUUUCCACCGCUCGGACAUUGUUUCACUUUCUGUUUAUCUUUGAUGUACAACAGAACUCGAUUUUGAACCCCUUCGUGUUGGAAUCAAAUAAGCAGGGCUUAUUCUGCUUGUCUCA